CCCCGCCCGCCUCCCCCGCCGAGGCCCCGCAGGCCCGGCCAUGCCGGCCAAGAGGAAGCCGGUGCUGCCGGCCCUCAACAUCGCCCCCAGCGCCGCUGAGGGGCCCAGCCCCGACGGCUCCGCAGAGGCAAACUUGGUGGACCUCCAGAAAAAGCUUGAGGAACUGGAGCUGGAUGAGCAGCAAAAGAAGCGCUUGGAAGCUUUCCUCACGCAGAAAGCCAAAGUGGGCGAGCUGAAGGAUGAUGAUUUUGAGCGAAUUUCCGAAUUGGGGGCUGGCAAUGGCGGUGUGGUCACCAAAGUACAGCACAAACCCUCAGGUCUCAUUAUGGCACGGAAGCUGAUUCAUUUGGAAAUCAAACCAGCCAUCAGGAAUCAGAUUAUCCGAGAGCUGCAGGUGCUGCAUGAGUGUAAUUCUCCAUAUAUCGUGGGUUUCUAUGGAGCCUUCUACAGCGACGGAGAGAUCUCCAUCUGUAUGGAGCACAUGGAUGGUGGCUCUUUGGAUCAAGUGUUGAAAGAAGCCAAAAGAAUUCCUGAGGAGAUCCUGGGAAAAGUCAGUAUAGCGGUUCUGAGAGGCUUAGGCUAUCUGAGAGAGAAGCACCAAAUUAUGCACAGAGAUGUGAAGCCUUCCAACAUCCUGGUUAAUUCCCGAGGAGAGAUUAAGCUGUGUGAUUUUGGGGUCAGCGGUCAGCUCAUUGACUCCAUGGCAAACUCUUUUGUGGGAACUCGGUCCUACAUGUCUCCUGAGCGGUUGCAGGGCACUCACUACUCGGUCCAGUCCGACAUCUGGAGCAUGGGGCUGUCGUUAGUGGAGCUUUCUAUCGGAAGGUACCCAAUCCCCCCGCCAGACUCCAAGGAACUGGAAGCAAUAUUUGGCCGUCCUGUGGUGGACGGGGCAGAGGGAGAGUCUCACAGCAUCUCGCCGCGGGCCAGGCCCCCAGGACGCCCCGUCAGUGGCCACGGGAUGGACAGCCGGCCUGCCAUGGCCAUCUUUGAGCUGCUGGAUUAUAUAGUUAAUGAGCCGCCUCCCAAGCUGCCAAAUGGAGUUUUCACGCAAGAUUUCCAGGAGUUUGUAAAUAAAUGCUUAAUUAAAAACCCAGCAGAACGGGCAGAUCUGAAGAUGCUGAUGAGUCACACCUUCAUCAAACGCUCCGAAGUGGAGGAGGUGGAUUUUGCCGGCUGGCUGUGCAAAACACUGCGGUUGAACCAGCCCAGCACGCCCACCCGCGCUGCCGUGUGAGGCCGAGCCGAGCGCUGAGUGUCCAUCUGCCUCUGCCACCAUUGCCUCUCCCUCGGUCCAUGACGGAAUCACCCUCCUUCCUCCUCCCCAGCUCCUUCUCGCCUCGCAUCCCAGUGGCAAAGCACCAUCCCCUCGGAAGCGUCUUUAUCGGCCAACCCGCACCCAAAGCGGGAUUGAUUUCUUUUGAUGUGGGGGUGUUCCAGGCCUCUGCUCCAGCUCUGGAGCUCCUGACACUUGGGAGUUGUGGUGCUGCUUAUGUUAUUUUUUUUUUUUUCUCUUUUUAUUUUGUUUUUGGAAACAUGUUCACUUGGGUUAAAAAAAAGAACAGAAUCGUGUGUGUGAGCACUUGCGCGUGUGUGUGAGGCAGCGGCAGGGGCUGAGGGGCUGCGCAGCAGAUGAUUCACCUCCUUCCUCCUUUUUUUCUUUGGGAUCUGGGGUGGAGAAAUCGCUGGGACCAGGGAUGGAGAAACGUGGCCCAAAACGGUGUCCCCAUCCCGGCUGGGGAGCCGGUGCGGCCAAGUGAUCUGCGGGAUGCUUUAUGGUUGAGCUGGAGAAAAAGAUAGGAGGGAGCUCCCUCCUGGACUGUCGGCGGGUGAAGGAGAGGAGAGGGGAGCGCUGUAUUUGCUCUGGUUUCUUGUGAAACGGUUGCUUUAAAGCCUGCUCGUCACACGCUGGAUGUUUAGUUGAAGGGUUUUGAUGUGCUGAGAGCAGGUUGAGCUCUCGGGAUCGGGCUGGGAGCUGCGGGGUGGGACGGCGGCUCGCGGGAAGCCGUGGCCUGUGCCUUUAGGUGCUGAGGUGAGGGAGAAGCAUGGAUUCUCCUUCUCUGCCUCCUUCCAGAUUGGAGAGGCAGGAGGCAGAGCCUGCUUGUCCCCUGGGCUGGUCCCGGAGUGGGGUCCCUCUCCUGACCCCACCAUCCGAUGGGGAAGGGUGAAACCCCUCCGAGCUGCAGGUUUUCCCCUUCCAGCUGCCUGUCCCCCAUCCUAGCAGUGGCCGUGGGGGCUGGAGCAGAGCCCCCUGCUCCCCUCAAUCAGGAGGUGUGGGGAAAGGAUGAACCCACCCAGCGAGACCCGUGUUGUCCCGAGGCCGCAGGGUUUUCCAAAGCCCACCUCGGCCUCUCCGUAGCCGAGGGUUCGUCCCUGUCACAUCCCCUCCUGCCUGGCAGGGACCCUGCAAUCCCCCUGCGGCCCAUGAAGGGACCACGGGUGGAGGGGCCGCAUCCAUCCUCACCACCUCCCGCUCUCGUUUUCCACUGCACGCGUGUAUUUUUGGGUGCCUCUCUCCCUUCUUCCCCCACGCUGGGCUCUGCCAUCCCCAACCUCCCCAGGAGGAGAUGAUUUUGGAAGCUCAGUGGGAUUUUUUUCAUGUCUUUUUAUUCUUUCCGGGCUCUUUUCUUGCCCCGCUGGGCUCGUGGCUGUUGUCCUCUCUGCCCUCAGGUCCGUAAAAGCAGGCGUUAUCAUUGGGUCACCCCUAAACCCUUCGGACCCUUUCCUUUCCCCCUCCUCAGCCAAGGGGCAUCUGUUUCCCCCCAAGACAAACCCAAGGGGGAGAUCCCAGAGUUUGGGGGGGGUCUGGCUCAGCUCAUGCCUGGGCAAAACCCCCGGAACCACAGGGAUGCUCAUGGUUAUAUUUUUUGCCUCUUAAUUGAAGUGGGAGGUGGGGAAAGGGCUCAGUUCAUAAAGCUUUGGGAUCUUUCCAGUUGGAUUUGGUGGUUGGAGGAGGAGGAGGAGGAGAAAGUGUUAUCAAGCAUUUUGUUGGUGCAAUUUUUUUUUU